AUUCAUCUCUUCACUUGGGCGUUGGACUCCGCAUCUUAUUAGCAACAAGGGAAAUUUCUCCAUUUUGCAGCCCGUCUACAGCGACGCGGAUUUUAUUAGACUCUCUCUCUACCUGCCAGCUUUUUGCUGCUAUUUCCAAAAAGCCUGCUCACUCUUCACUGGACUUUGCUCUACAUUUUCCCUGUGAACUUUUUCUUCGUGCACAGAGAGGGGAGACAGCAGCGAAGAGUCUGAGUUUCGACAAAGAGGCUUGUGGGGUCUUUGUUCGGUUUUUUUUUUGGGAUCACUUGAGUUUCUUUGUUGGAGCGGAAAAAGCAUGGGAGCGCAAUUGACCAAGACAGCUGGAAAGGCUGAAACCGCGGCUGAAAAACCCGGAGAGGCUGCUGCCUCACCCACCAAGACCAACGGACAGGAGAACGGCCACGUUAAGGCCAACGGAGACGCUUCUCCCGCAGCAGCUGAGAAUGGCAAAGAGGAGGUGCAGGCCAAUGGCAGCGCCACCGCUGAGGAGAGCCCCAAGGAGGAGGGAGAGAAGGCUGAGGCCGCCCCUGCUGAGAAGGAGGCUGCUGAUGGAGAGAAGGUAGAGGCAGCUGCUCCUGCUGAGGGAGAGGCAAAGGCAGAGGACGGAGCCGCGCCUUCAACCAGCAACGAGACCCCCAAGAAGAAGAAGAAGAGAUUCUCCUUCAAGAAGUCAUUCAAGCUGAGCGGCUUUUCAUUCAAGAAGACCAAAAAGGAAACCGGAGAGGGAGCAGAGGGCGAGGAGGCGGCUGCUGCUGCAGCCACAGAGGAGGCCAAGGCCGAGGGUGCAGAGGGAGCCGCCGCCAAAGAGGAGACCAAGGCCGCCGAGGGGGAGGCCCCACCUGCCGCCGAGCAGGCCAAAGAGGAGGUAGAGGCCAAGCCAGAGGCUGCAGCUGCGGCGGCAGAGAAACCUGCCGAGGAGGCCGCGCCCGCCGAGGAGCCAAAGGCAGAAGAGCCAAAGGCGGAGGAGAAGCCGGCCGAGGAGGCGGCCAAAACAGAGGAGGCCGCCCCGGCCUCGCAGGAAGCAGCGUCAGCGGACGCUCCCGCUGCCGAGGCCGCUGAAUAAAUGAGAAAAAAAAGUCAGAAAUUUGAGAAAAAUAAGGAGAAAAAAAAAAGAUAAUCAAAGAACAUUUCCCUGUUUGUAUGUUGGAGUGACGCCCGCUGGAGGCUCUGAAGAACUUGUCUACAACCAGGGAUAUUUUAAAGCUUUUCUUUACUUUGAUUUUACAUUCCCCCCCCCCUUACACAAAACCCAUCUCGGUCCAUUGUUACUUCCAUUCCAACGGGCUGGGGAGGUGGGUGGCUUCAACAUGUACAACAGAUUAAUACAUCCACACUCUGCCAUAUAUUUUUUCAUCAGUAUUAAGUUUUUUUUUUCUUUUGAAUUUUAUACAAAAAAAAUGUACACAAAAUAGUAUGGACAUGCCCAUGGUAUGAAGGAGGAUGGGGAGGAGGGGGUGGAGCUGUAAAUGAGGGGGAGGGGCGGGGCGGGGGGGGGCCUGGGAAAUGUGCCACAGACUAUUAUGAAAGAGUAGUCUUAAAAAACCAACAUCUAUAUCCUCCAAACGGUUUACAACACUAAAGUCCUUUUGACAGCGCAGACAGCAGUCCCCGAGGUUAGCGUGCUAGGAAAACAAGAUACAAAGUCAUAGGAGCUUUCUCACUUCUCAUUAGCCGUACCAGUCAGUGAUUCAGUAGAAAUACAAGUUGUAUAGGCUUUAUUGUUUAUUGUUGGUUUACGACCUUAAUAAAAAAUGUAAGUAUGUAUAGGCGGGGUGUUUUUAACUGUGAUUAUUGUACAAAAUGAAAAAUCUUGAUCUCAAGAAGCACAGAAGAAGUUUGCAGCUCUUUUUUCCACCCGCUCAUUUUGUAAGAUAACAACAAACACACACACACACAGAGAAAACAAAACACACACACAUGUUUAAAAAAAAAAAAAAAAAAGCAGUCAUGAAAGAAGACCUUCUUAAGCAAUUUUGAAACCAAGCUGUGAUAAGUGGAAUGGUUUAACUGUUUAUAUACUGUGGUAUGUUUUUUUUUGAUUCCAGCAGGCGAUGCUUUUUUUUUUUUUUUCCAGUGGUCUUUGACUCAAUUUAAGGAAUCUAUCAGAUGCAAAUGUUUGUGUAGCAUCUUGUCUCUCUCUCUCUCUCUUUUCCUUUUUCCUUUUUGUAAAUACUGGAGAAGCUUUGACCAGUUUGACUUAGAGAUGGAAUGUAACUUUGCUUACAACAAAAAUUGCUAUUAAAACUCCUCCUGCUUUAAAGGUGUUCUAAUUUUCUGUGAGCACACUAAAAGCAAACAAAAUAAAUGUGAAUAAAAUUUGA